UAGACUUUGAGAAGAUAAUGGUCAGAGAAAAUGUUUCCGGAGUCACUAGUCCAAGUUAGUCGAGGGUCACAGGAAGAUCGUUCCAUCAGAGACUCCGAACCGCUCAGCUAUCUCAGUUUACUUCGCCCGUCUUUGUUUUUGAAGCCGGAAACCCAAAAGUAAAAGAUUAGACAAUGUCGGAAAAACCUACCGUAAGAGUUGGCUCCAACUGGAAACGACCCCCGACGAAGGUCUAUGACUACAACUAUGACGUCGGUCAACAAUACUACCAACCAAUGAUCAGACAUUUGGACAAAAAGAGCGCGGGCGUAUCAUCUGACAUGCCUGGACCUAAAACGUUUGCGGAAAGAUUAGUAGAAGACCCUCUUUAUGGCAGAUCCAAGCCAGUCAAUUACAGGGCUUCCGACUAUUCCCCAUCCGUCCCUCGUCGUGGAGGAGAUGAUGGCUCGUCCGCCAGGAAACCAUCGGGAGAUCCGUUUAAAGACUAUUCUGGCGAUGAUGGUGAAGACGAUUUUCUAGGACGCCAUCGUUCACGUCUGAAUUUGCCUUCGGUGUCUGAUCAAAUACUGGAAAGUGCGGGUAUGAAAACGAGGGAUAGCUUCUUUGAUGAUGCCUUGGCAGAGAUUAAAAGCAAACGUCGACCAAUCGCCACCGACGUUGACGAUCUCACCAAAGAUUCAUUCUUUUCAAAAGAUAUGGCUGAGCGCAGUUCAAGCAUUCAAGAUUCGCUCACCAAACGCCGCAAUAUGCUGCGAGAUUUAGACGAAGAGCUUGAGAAAAUCGACAGCGGGCUUGAGAAGUACGCUUCAAAUCGUGCCAGAGGUUCAGCUCUAGAAGAUUUGGCAUUGACCUCUUCAAUGAAUUCGCAACUUUCGUCUUCCUCUUCAUCGUCAGUAAAUGUCAAGAAACGUAGUGUAAGAACCACCAUGACUACAGAAACAAGCAGCUAUUAGAAACGAUUAAUAUAAUGUGAAGGAAGAACAAAAAACCAACUGAGUGGAUGAUAUCAGCGACGAAAGACUUGGUUUUUUCCCUUCAUAGAAAGACCUUUUGUAAGACGUUUAUGGGCGUGAAAUGGCAUGAAGAGCACGUAUCCUUUCAAAGGAAAGCGCAUCACAUUUGCUACGUCACCAAUGAAUUCGCAGUAUUUACCGUACCCUGACGCUAUGUUUAUAUCCACCCGAUGUAGCUACGUAGAACCUAAAAUUGGCAGUUACCAUAAACAGACUCCACCAAACAAGUCAAAGUUGCAGAUAUACUUGCGAAUAGAAAAAUUGUUGCAGCACUCCGCACAGAUCAUAUCGUGUAAUGUAAGUAUCGUAGAAACACGCGGUUUUCUUGGAUGUCUGUAGUCUGCUACUCUAUUAAGAAUGUGAUGGUUAGGUGUGGCAGACCAUGCUUGAAUCGGCUAGAGUCGAAGGGGAGCAAUCUUCUACCAAACUAAAAUAAAGAAUGGUUUUUUAUGAUGCUCUGUUUCUCUCUUGUUCAGUUAACUUUCUAUACCCAUAACACCCAUGUGUCCUCCAUUUGUAAAAGCUUUAUGUGUUUUGAAAUAUACAGCCCAAUCAGGAAUCU